UUUAAUGAUACUUUAUUUAGAGAGAAUUUUAUAACUGCAUGAUGACAUCAAAAUUUUCUUCUGUGUUUGGUCGGAAGUCUGCUGUUGUCAUAGGAAUGAUUCAUGUGGAUCCCUUGCCAGGAACUCCAUUAAAUAAAUUGUCAGUGGAUCAGAUUGUUAAAAAUGCUAACUGUGAGGCACAGAUUURCAAGAAGACAGGGGUGGAUGCUGUCAUGGUAGAAAACAUGCAUGACCUUCCGUAUCUCAACCGUCAAUUCAGUUCCCAUGCCUUGACAAGAGACAUUGAUGUUGUAGAGAUGGCAAAAGCAGCUGAGUUCUUCCAGUCUGAUGGAGUUGUCAUAACUGGUAUCUCUACAGGAUCCCCAGCAAGCUACAAGGAGAUGUUAGCAGUACAUGAGGCAGUGUCUGUGCCAAUAAUAAUAGGAUCUGGGGUGGAUAUCAGUAAUGUGGACCAAUAUCUAAGUGCUAAUGCCAUGAUAAUAGGGUCGCAUUUCAAGGAAGAUGGCCAUUGGUCCAAACCUGUCAGUUUUGACAGGGUCAAGAGCUUCAUGGCCAAGGUGGAAAGAAUGAGAAAGUAGAUAAGUUAUUAUAUAAUAGCUGUUUGCUGUUUCAGAUGCAUCAUUGUAUACUAGGAAUGUAUCAAAAAUAUAAAUAUUUAUAUUAGAUGGCAUACUUAAAAUACCAGUAUCAAAUGACUGGUUUUCCAAGAAAAUAACCUAAAAUACAUCAUUUUUUAAAGAACUAUUCUUAUACUCUUGACAUUAUUUUUGUCUUCAUACAUUUUAGUAUUUAUUGAGAUAGGCACCUAUCUGAACCCAAGCUAGACCAGAUUAUUAAUCAGAUUCACUAUCUUGGUAAAAAUUAAUGUAGAGAGCUUUGAACCAAAGAAUUAUGCUAUUGUUUGAAUCUGGGUGUAAACGAAAUACCAAUGUCUAUUUGAUUGUGCCCAGCUACAAGAAAACAAUCUUAGGGUAACAUUUAAAAUAACACUUUUUAUUAUAUAGAAUAAGUUAUUAUAUAUUAGUGAGUAUAUAUCUACUUAUAAAUACAUACUGAAAACUACUUACCCGUAAAUUUUAUGACAUUACACUUAGUACUAAUAAUAUAUUCUUCAAUUUUUAUCAGAUAAUUUUUUAUUUAUUGAUUGAGUUUUAAAUUUUUUUCCAAGAUCUUGGAAUUAUUUAUCUUAGGGUUUUAGAAGCCAGCAAUACUUGACUUUAAACAUAAAAAUAAUAUUUAAUAAGUAACAUAUUUAAUAAUUAAUUUUUUUCUUACAAUCAAAAUGUUUAGUAAGGGGGAUUGCAGUGGAAAUUAAAAACAUCAGCCUUUGGCUAUGUCUUUCCUGUUAUAACCUGCUUAUCAAAGAAAAGUAUCUAUGUAAAAGUAUAAUAUAUGCAUCUGGGAAAGGGAAUUUAUGGCAGAAAAGAUAUAGAAGUAAUUUACGAAUCAGAAGGUUCGGAUAGGGAAAAUCUGUUUUUAGCAAUUUUGUUCCUGAUUAACUAUUCAUUAUCCCAUGAACGCAAGGAUGAUGUACAGUACACCUUGCCAUGGGCAGAUAUAGAAAAUACAGUAUCCUCACACAGGCAGUCACGAGCCAUCACAGAACUGCAAUGAUUAAGACAACGGUUGUGACAGGGAAAUCAAGCAACAGGCUACCAUCAAUCAAAUAAAUUGUUCAGUACCUUUUUACAUUACUCUGAUCGAUGGCAAUGUAUUUCCUGACAUUGCAACUGUUGUCUUGAUCAGCACAUAGCGAUGAAAACAGUGAAGAUAAAUUGCACUAAGAAAAGAAUAAACGGUAAGACUGUCAUCAUGCAAGAGCUAAAUGCUGUACAAUUCACUUUACUCAAUAGAGUGCAAUAGCAUGGUAGUAUUAGAGUGCAUACAAUAUAUCUGUGUAAAAGUUAACUAACAAAAUUGUAUUGUACGAAUUAAUAUUGGUGCAAAGUUUUGUAGGUCUACGAUCUACUGAACUUACUUGUGCAAAUCUGCAAUUUUUUAUAAUGUUUUUAACGGAUAUAUUAYAUGCACUCUACGGUUUCAGUAAGUGCAUUUUUUAAUAUAUAAACUAUAAAUUUGAUGAAAUAUUUAUAUUCUUGGUAAAGCAUGCAG